AUGACGAAGAAGCUCCACGACAACGUGUCUCGCGUUAAAAAGUUCAAUGUCUUAGGCACGGCCAUUUUCGUUGGCUUACGCGUAGCCGACGUUUUUUUCCAAUACUUUUUAAUCCAGAAAUCCUGGGCGUCAAAUGUCAUCCGGAUGCUGGGUGGACAGCCGAUGGAUGGGGCCGUCGUCCUAAAUUCAACGGGGGGCUUGAACCCCUACUACAACACUAUCACGGCAAUGGCAUUCGGAAGCAGCUUGAAACAGAUCAUAGCUAUGCUCUAUGUUGGUGAGCAAGACACACCACCAUCUUCAGCUUUUGUCAUCGGAUUCUUCAACAGCUUCUUCAAUUCCAUCAACACAAUGUUGUCCGUCUGGACCGUCACCUCUCAGGCGACAAGUUUAGGCCCUGGUGAAGGUGUGCUCCAAUCUCCGGCCGUUAUGGUCGGUGCUGGACUCUAUCUCACCGGUAUCUUGGCUGAGCUUAUAUCCGAAUUACAACGCACGUUUUUCAAGAGAAAUCCUGCAAACAAGGGGAAGCCUUACGCGGGCGGACUCUUUAGCCUCGCAAGACACAUCAACUACGGCGGCUACACUGUUUGGCGGAGUGCAUACGCAUUUACGGCUGCCGGAUGGCCUUGGAGUCUGGUGGUCUUCUCCUUCUUCUUCUACGACUUUGCCGCCCGGGGGGUACCUGUUCUAGACCAGUAUCUGUCCAACAGAUAUGGCAAGGAAUGGGAUGCAAUCAAAACUCGUGUUCCAUAUCGUUUGAUUCCAUGGCUCUACUAA